AGUUCGCCGGGCUCGUGAUUAACAUGCCGGUGUUUUGAAACGAAACUUUCUCUUGUUUACAGCAGUGACCGUUCAUAAUGUCUGCAGCAAAGUGUUCAACGGGCAUAGAGUCAUUAGGGUAUGAACUGCCAAUGUGCCGAAAAGAAUAUGAAAACUACAAAGCGCGCAUCCAAACUUUCAUUGACGAGUACGGAUCUCAAUCCAAAUGGUCCUGCAAGCCACCAGAACUUUCGCCAUCGGUGUGUGCUCGGUUUGGUUGGAAGUGUGUAGGUGAAGACAUGCUUUGUUGCAUCUCGUGCAAGUCCCAUCUCGAUUGCCAAAUCAGUCUUCGUUUGGGCCACAAACUGUAUACGGAAUGUACACAGAAGCUGGUUUCAUCCCUGAAAGAUGCUCAUAAGAGCUGCUGCCCUUGGAAGACAGCGCCUUGCCCGGAUUCCUAUGCUGUCAUGGAGCCAGUGAUGCGUCACGAAGCACUUGACCAGCUGCGCGAAAGGCUCGGAACGCUUGUCCCCAUCCUCACUUCGCUCCCAUCGCUCUGCACUGAGCAGGUUCACAAGCAGGUACGUGUACUGUUUGGUGCUGAAGCAAUAGCAAAGAUAUGCAAGUUGGCUGGUGAAGAGCAAACAAAGGAGAGCGAACGGGCCAUCUUGCUCGCACUGACUGGCUGGAAGACAGCCAAUCCAACUGAAAAACUGAAGCAACUCAGCUGCGAGUUUUGCUGUAGGAAGGUUGGAACCUGGCUCUAUGCAUCUCCCAAAGAGCUCAUCUCUGAUGACACUAGUUGCAAGCAAGAAAACGGCAAUGGACACAGUGUCAAAAGGAAGCACGAGGAGGAAGAAAUGGACCCAGUGAAGGAGCAUCGUCCAUGGUGCAUUUGGGUUGUCACUGGAACGUCGGGAAAGAAAGGCUGGGUUGUUUACAGCGAGUGCCUCCUGAGGAAUCUCGAAUCGAGCAGCGAUCAAACCGGAACCGGCACUCCUCCUUCAGUUGCUGCAUUCCAAGAAAAAGUUGAACGGAUCCUCAACUCGUGGAAGAAGAUUAAGGUGCCUCGUACUUGAAGAACUUGUGUUACGCCUGAUGAGGAACCCCAGAGCUUCAUAUUUCGUAUUAAUUGUGUUCAAAGUUACAAACGACGGUAACAGUUGUGAUCUUCAAAAGGUCGAAGCUAUCACGCAAUCACAUCCUCGCAAUAAACGUUAUUUAUUUACA